AUGGCGGUCAUCGAAGGCAUUGAUGAUGAAGUCCUGUUAUCCAUAGGCACUGUCGCCUUGUUCUGCGCUGCGGUCAUUUUGUGGGCUGUCAAAUCAUCCAAUAAUCAUCGCAUUACACUGCCAAUUCCUCAAGCUACAAUGACUGGUCAAAAUAGCCAAUGGAAUAGCGAUGAAGUGGACCCAAAUCAAUCCACGGAUGAUUUAAUCCGUAUCCCUGCGAAUCAUUCGCAAAGGCAGCAAAAUACUCAGUCUACAGAUCAUCCUAUGCAAUCUAAUCUCCAUGAUCAACCAUCUACUCCUUCUACUGGUGAUACCUAUCAUACCAACUUGUUCAACAAUCGUGAUACACAAACUCAUCCAUCACAAAUUCAUCAAACUCCCAAUACGAGUACAACAACGCCUGCUGCUAGCUAUUCAACGCAGCCUGAUACAUCGCUCAGAAGUCGUUCUAAUAAUAAUCAGACACAACAAAAUGAUCCCAAUCAAACUUGGACUUUAACCAUUGUCAUGUUAGACCAGAGCAGGAAAGUAGUGUCUGCUAAUCCAAUGGCAACUGUUGGCGAGUUGAAAGAGAUAGCUUUCCCGCAAGAUCUUGCUGCUGGUGCGUCUGUACGCUUAAUUUACCGUGGAUAUGAAUUACGCGACAGUAUUAGGACACUUGCUGCUUAUCAUAUUACUAAUCAUUCCAAUAUCCAUGCUGUUCGAGGUUUUCGCCAAGGGCAACAACAAUCAGCAAGCCAGGAACAAAGCCAACCACAAGAGGAAUCGCAAGAAUUGGAUCUAAGUAAAUUGUUUAUUCCUCUACUUGUGCUAUUUAUCGCUUUUAUGUGGAUUGUUUUCUUCUACAACAUGGAACACUUCAGCGGCAAAGCUGUAAUUUUCCUUCUUGCUGUCACGGUCGUAAUCAUGGUAACGUUAGCUGGCACCAGUGGAAGAGUCAAUGUUUCAUAA